UGAACAUGCAGACAGGGACUUCAAAAAUUGCACCUUUGUCUGAGUGGUCCGCUUACCGGCCGAUCCAGGCUUCUCCAGCGGUUUCACAGCCUUCCAUCUCGUCCCGCUUCUUCGUUCCCUACAUACUCAUUCCUUUACCUCUCUUCGACAAACUCAGGACCUUUUCUCUCCGUUGUCACAGCAGUUCUGCCAGGCCCCUCCGCGAUCCAUACCCACCUUCAUCAAUAUCACAGGAGAAGUCAUGUCGAUGAAUGGAAUGGACCUUGUCUCUCGUGAACUCGAGGCUGGUCAGGUAGGAGCAAGGACGCAGAAGAAGCCUCGCCAAUUGAAAGCAAUCGAGCGCAAUAACCUGAUCUGGGAAGCUUAUAAAAAUGAAAUUCGAAGCCUCUACGUCGCUCAAGACAUGACUUUGAAAGCAACAAUUGCGUGGUUUGAGCUGAAGCAUGUCUUCGUCAAGAGCGAGAGAAAAUGGAAAGAGAAGGUCAAGGAGUGGGGUUUCGAGAAGAACGUUCCAUCUUGCGAUAUGAGCUACAUGGUCGCCAAAUCCAUGAAAAGAAAGGCUGAGGGGAAGGACACCACGUUUUAUCGGAGCGGCAUGCAAGUUGAUGAGAACAAGAUCGAGCAGUUUAAGAAGCGGAGAAUGACGGCUUCCAACGACAUACACCACCGCACAUCGAUUAUUCGACGCCAAAGGCUGUCGACAACCACGGUGAGAGCAUAGGUGUACCAAAUGUCCAGACUCCCGAAGAGGGUCCCGUAGAUUCGCAGGGUGAGUCUACAGACCCACCCUCUUUAACUGGAG